GGACGCGGGUGUGGCGAUUCACGUGAUCGCGACGAAGCGCGCCGCGUGUUUUGCUUCCGUUCCCACCGAGCGCGUGUCGGGGUAUGCCACAGUCAAAGCUGCGAACAAUGCAUCGCGAACUCUAUCAUCCGCUUUGACCAUCUUGUCUCCUACUUAUACCUGCUCUUGCUCCCCGUACCUGCCUAGCCUCCACCUUUCCUUCCGUACCACCACUUCCCGCACAAACUUCUUUGUAACCGAGGAGGAUCCCUAGGAUCACUGCUCCUCAUGGAAAUUGACCUGCGCAACAUCUCGCGCGACGCCACCGUCUGGGACGUCAAGCGCAAGAUCGGCUCAAUCCUCCACGGUGAUUACUUCUAUAACCCGACAGAUCCAAAAGAUCGCCCUGCAAACUUCCAAGUCACCUUAAACGAAGGGCCGAACGGUAUAACGCACAAUGGCUCAGGAGUAUUGACUCUCGGCAGCCGCAAGCUCGGCGAUAGGUUCUUCAAGUGGCUACACAACCCUGCCAACCAAGGAACCGACGUCGACGUUGAGCUCAAUGGUCAAAAAAUACGAUUUUUCAAGGGUCAAAGCCGACCUCAACGCAACCUCGUCCAAAUAUUGGAAAAGGCACCAUAUCUGCCACCAGAGAUAGAAGAAGAACGAGAGGACAAGCUGCGACAACUUAAUCUUUCCAUACACGUCGACAAGAUACAGUUUGGUAUCCUCUAUCGCCCUGUUGAUGCCACACCGACUUCGGGGCGCGAAUUCUCGAACGAGUUUGAGAUUAGUCACCGUGAGAAGGGCGCAGGUAUUCUCUGGUUCGAAUACGAGCACAAGUUGAUUCGCAUUCAGAUGGGCGAUCCUAUGACUGAGGAACUUGCCCACAAUAUUGCCAUCACCUUUGCCAACAUACGCAAGAUUGCUUGGGGGAAUGAUUUUGGCAAUCCAUUUGUUCUUUUCGAAUUGCUUACGCCACCGAUGCUGGAGAAGCAACGUUUCAACCGGGAACUAACGGGAGACGACUGGCGGGACAACCGUAAGUUCCGCCAACGCCUCAGUAGCGUCAACGAAGCGCACGCCAUUGUCGCACCUUAUGCCUAUCACAUGCGCGUUAUCAUGCAUGAGACCCAGGAUGCUCGUAAUUUUGUAGACCUCUGCAAAAUUGCGGGUCUCCAGGCACCCAUUUAUGCGAAGGUCGAUGCCUUCACGCGCGGGUUCUUCUCCCCCAGACAACUCUACCAGGUCCGCGAGUGGGUGCGCCAGUUUGACUGGUCAUCUGCGUUCCAGAUCGAAGCACUUCUCCACAAUGGGCUUUUGCACACCGAAGACCUACUCGUUCAUCUCAAGACACCCAUUGCCAACCUGUAUGCGCGAGACCAUGCGCUUGCUGCCGAUGUUCUUCGCCACUUCACUGAAGCGCUUCGCUGUCGUGACGCACGAGAGAGCCCUGUGGCACCACUUCCCCUCCCUCCUGGCUACUUCCCCUGUCAUCAUGUCACGUUCACUCCUACGCGAAUGAUCCUGGAGGGUCCGUAUGUUAUCCAGUCGAAUCGUGUGAUCCGCCAGUACCCAGACCACCAGGAGCAUUUUAUCAGAGUCGAUUUCAGGGACGAGGACCGCCUGCAGUACCGUUGGGCACGAGAGGUUGAUGGCACGUCACUUCUAGUGGACCGUGUGGGUGGCCUUCUCAAGAAUGGCUUUGAGCUUGCGGGGCGUCAGUUCGAGUUUCUCGCUUACUCGCAGUCGGCCUUGCGCGAGCACGCUGUAUGGUUCGUUAACCCUUUCUGGCACCCGGUACGUGGACACGUGGACGCGCAGACAAUCCGCGACAGUCUCGGUGAUUUCUCUGGGGUAAUCAUGCAGCCGUCCAAAUACGCAGCGCGCAUCGCCCAGGCAUUCACUGCAACAGAUCCUUCGGUCACUGUCACCCGCCAGCAGUGGGAACAGGUCGAUGACUUGGAUGGCGUUGGCACGAUUUCAGUCGAGCUCGGGGACAGAAUCUGGGAUGCCCUCUGUAGAGCCAUGCCGGAGGGCCGACAUAAGAAGUCGGUGAAGCCGUCUGCUUAUCAAAUCCGCUUCCUAGGCUUCAAGGGCAUGGUGGUGAUUGAUGAGCGACUAGAAGGUAUCAAGAUGCGCCUGAGGCCUUCGAUGAACAAGUUUAAGGCGCUUGAUGAAGAAAAUGGCGAGGUCGAGAUCGCCCGUGCGUUCGACCGGCCUGGCACUUCAUACCUAAAUCGGCCGUUGAUCAUGCUCUUGGAAGACCGUGGCGUGGACAAACAAAUCUUCAUCACCCUCCAAGAACGUGCAAAAAUGGAAAUUCAUACUGCGAGCGACUCCAUGGAACGCUUCGUCGGCCUGCUCAAAGCGCACAAGCUCGGAACAAGUUUCGGACUUGACUUCAUCGUGCGAGGCCUUCGCUCCAUUGGAAUGGGUUUCAAGCACGAGAAAAAUGUCAAGGUGUUGCAAGACCCGUUCAUCGACCGUCUGAUCCACUUCGCAAAGAACCAUGUGCUCAGAGACGUCAAGCAUGGGGCAAAGAUCCCCAUACCGGAUAGUUACUUGCUCGUAGGAGUCGCAGACGAGGGGCCGGCAUACGAGAAGGAGGGUGUCGAGAAUGUCUACUCCCUCAAGGAGGGUGAAAUUUAUGCAUGCAUCCAGUAUCCAGAUGAUCCCGAACCGACCUACAUCAAAGGCUCAGUCGUCAUCUCGCGAAGUCCUGUUGUCCAUCCUGGAGAUAUCCAGCGAGUCUAUGCCAUAGGCAAAUCCCCUGAUGACAAGGUGUGCUUCUUCCGCAAUUCCAAGAACGUCGUAGUCCUACCGUCGACCGGUACCCGUUCCCUUGCAUCCUGUCUUGGAGGUGGCGAUCUUGAUGGGGACUUGUACUCGAUCGUUCGCUACGGUCCAUUGCUUCCUACUGAGCACGCGGAACCGGCAUCAUAUGAAGGCGUGAAUGGGCACUUCCUCGACCGUCCAAGCACAGUAGACGACAUAUGUGACUUCGUCGUCGAGUAUCUGAAUUCAGAUGUCCUGGGUCUGCUGUCAGACAAUCAUCUCAUCAUCGCAGAUCAAUCGAAGCAUGGUACGAAGGACGAUCGGUGCCUGGAGCUUGCCCGCCUAUGCAGCCAAGCAGUCGACUAUCCCAAGAACGGUGAACCCGUGGACAUCUUCGAUUCGCCUCGACGAUUGAUCCCUUACAAGCCAGAUUGGCAUCAGGCUGAGGACCCCAAUCCCCGUGAUACCGACUACUACAUCUCGGCCCGUGCGCUGGGCGACAUGUUCCGGAAUAUUGCCCUGAUUGACCCAUCAACUCUGGUACCCGCCACACCUCUCGCUGGUCCGGUCUCGAAAACGAGGCCUCUGUCGGACGCGAUCUCGCUUCACCUGAAGCCAUACAUCCAGGCGCAGCUUCGCCACUUCGACAACGACGAAGGCGAAGUCGGAGAGAUGUCCACGUUGUUCCAGGCCUUCGUGGAGGAGCUGCGCUUCAUCUGCAUGACGCACUCGCUAUCCGAAGCACCCGAAAUGCGGCUCACGGAGGAGGAAGUUGCGAUUGGCACCAUCGUCGCUAAGUGCUCGCAGAAGCGGUGGCGCUCCGACCGGACGCAGACAAUGAAGUUGCAUGCCUCAAUGCUGGGACGCGAUAUUGGCAACAAGCUGUUCCAGCAGACUGACGCCCGCAACAAGGCGGCCUUCGGCGCGAACAUCUUUGGCCUAAUCGCGCUGAGGGUGAUGUUCAACACGCUCGAGCAGCUCGGCGGUCUUACCAUCGUGCAGCAACAGGUAGAGGAGAACCCGGAGGAUUCUGGUAGCGAGUCUGAGGAGUACGCCAACAUCUUUGCUUGA